AUGAUACCCGAACAGAUCACAUCAUUAUCUGAAUUAUCAUCUCAUAUACCAAUAUCAACUUCAAUUCUACCUAGUACAACACACACUACUGAGUUGACGAUUGAUAGGACAACAGAACUUCUCAAACUUAUACAGACAGCUUCUAAUGGACAAAACAUACUCAAGCUAGAUUGGAUGAACUUUCAAAGUUCAAAUGAAUUACAAGAGUAUACAGAACAUAAAAAUAAAGUUGACGAAUACGCUAAUAGUAAUCAAGGUGAUUUCGUUAAUAUUCAAAGUGAAUUAAAUGUUGGCCUGAAAGAUCUCAUCAAUCAAUUACAACCAUGUCAGCAAAUAGGGAUGGAAAGUCAUAAUUGUGCAACUGACAACUCAGAGAGCAUUAGUACGUCUGAAUCUAACAAAUCAGUUACCAUGAUUCAUGAUAGUAGUGAGGUCAGUACAUGGAAUCCAUCUAAAUUAUACCAAUUAUGCAAUGAAAUAAAACAGUAUCAAGAGUAUUCUGAUGUUGACAGCAGAUUAUCAACUGAUCUAAUAUUGCUUUUAAAUACGUUGAAUGAUUCGGCUUCUGGACGAUCUCAAAUGCAAUCAACAAAUAAAACCUCCAACAAUAACAAUGAACUUUUAUUUACGGAAUCACAAGGAAAACUCACAAGUAGUCUUUUCAAGUCUAAUGAUAACAUCAAUUCUUUGGGAAUCCAGCAUGAAGUUCCACAACAGCAACCACAAUCUAAAUUAUAUGAUACUUCUAAUAAAAGGCCAGUAUUACACUGGGCUAAACUUGGUGUACCUCAACCUGCCAGUCCUACGAGAUAUUCAGCUCCAGUACAUAUAGAUGUUGGUGGUACACUAUAUACAUCUUCAUUAAAAGCUUUAACAAAGUACCCAAACUCAAUUUUAGGCAAAAUGUUCAACGGCACAAUACCAAUUGUAUUAGAUACAAUGAAACAACAUUAUUUUAUAGAUCGUGAUGGGGUAUUAUUUAGACAUGUGCUCAAUUUUCUACGUACUAAUAAAGUUAACUUAGAUCCUAAUUUUACAGAAUUUGAUCAGUUAGUGGAAGAAGCAACUUUUUAUGGGUUAGAUGAAAUGGUUAAUCAACUCAAACAAAUCAAAACUGAACUGAAGAGGAAAGAAACAAAUAAUAAGAAGUGUGCUCAUGAAGAAAAAAAUGAGACAGAUAUGCCAUUUCCUCCAAAAAACAGUUGA